AUGCAAUCUCUUAAUAGUCAGCUCGGAGGAUUGCCAAAUUCGGAGCAAUUUUUCGGGAAGGGCGCUGUUCAGCAGCAAGGGCCAGUUGGGAUGAACGGGAUGCUUUUCUCCCCUUCUAUGAAUAGUACUCGUAUGAUGCCUCAACAGUCGCAACAACCACAUGUGCUGCAUGGGCUUGAGAACAAUGGGGGUCUUCAAAAUUCGUACUUGUUGAAACAGAAGAUGGAUGUGGUAAACAGUGCUUUUGGGCAGCAAAACAACUUACAGCAGCAGCAGCAACCGGGAAAAAUGCCGUUGCCGAAUAAUGGGCAAGUUCCUAUGAUGAUGCAGAACAGCAUUUCCGGUGGUAACUCUAAUAACAAUACGAUUCCACAGCAGAUGCAAUUUCCAAUGCCGGUACAACAACAGGCAAUGGGAAACGUGAACGGGCUUGAUACAACACCAUUACCUAAUGCAUCUCAUACGCCAAUCUCGUCUCCAGCGCAUCUUUUGAUCAGAGAAGUGUGGCAAAACAACGUAAACUUCGAGUUUGCCAUAAUCCGUAAAAUGAUCGAGCAAUACAAAGUUAUUUCUAUAAGCACCGAGUUUGUCGGUACGAUAGCGAGACCCAUUGGGAAUUUCCGCUCAAAGACAGAUUACCAUUACCAGACGAUGAGAUCCAACGUGGAUCUACUAACCCCAAUCCAGAUUGGACUUUCGUUAAGCGAUUUACAGGGGAAUAAACCAGACAACUUCCCAUCCACAUGGCAAUUCAACUUCCAUUUCGACGUAACAAAGGAGACCGUGAAUUCGGAAUCGUUAGAACUAUUAAAGAAAUCCGGUGUCAUCUUGGAGAGACAUCAACAGAACGGUGUUGAUUUCGACGAGUUUGCUCAGUUGAUGAUGGAUUCCGGGUUAUUGUUGAACGAUGAGGUCACGUGGAUCAGUUACCAUGCAGCAUACGAUUACGGGUUCUUAAUCAACAGGCUCAUGAACACAAACAUGCCCAACAACAAAGAGGACUUCGAAUGGUGGGUUCAGAAAUACAUACCAACGUCGUACGAUUUGAACCUAAUUAACAAGUUAGUUCAUGAGGUAACGCAACAACACCCACAUCCACCACCAUUACAUCUAUUACAAAGUCAACAGCAACAGCAACAAAACCAACAACAGCAAUAUACACUAGAACUACUGGCUGACGAGUUGGGGAUUCCGAUCUUCCCAUUGUUCAGCAGCGCAGCGGGACAAAGUCUCUUGGCACUAUUGGCAUACACCCAACUCGGUAAAUUGUCUUUGUACAAACUACGCAAUGGAACAGAUUUCAGUUACUACAAGAACCUGAUCUACGGAAUCACACAGGAGUAA